AUGAUUAUUUGGAGGAUACAGAGCAAGAAAUUGAGGAAAAAUUGUUGGAAUGAGCAAAAAGAGCUCAAAGGAGAGGUUUUGGAUAACGGAGAGUUGAUCCUGACCACAGGAUUGGUUCAUCUCUCAUCACCCGAAAUCUUUAUAUUGGACAUAGCAAGAGAAAGCAAAGGAACCAAAGGAAUCAAAGAAACCAAAGAAACCAGAGAAACCAAAGAAACUAAGGAAACCAAAGAAACCAAAGAGACCAAAGAAGCCAAAGAAACCAAGAAACCAAAAGAGACCAAAGAAGCCAAAGAAACCAAAGAAACCAAAGAGAACAAAGAACCCAAAGAAACCAAAGAGACCAAAGAAACCAAAGAAACCAAAGAAACCAAAGAAACCAAAGAAACCAAAGAGACCAAAGAAACCAAAGAAACCAAAGAAAUCAAAGAAACCAAAGAAACCAAAGAAAACCAAAGAAACCCAAGAAACCAAAGAAACCAAAGAGACCAAAGAAGCCAAAGAAACCAAAGAAACCAAAGGAACCAAAGAAACCAAAGAAGCCAAAGAAUCCAAAGAAACCAAAGAAGCCAAAGAAAUCAAGGGGGCCAGAGAGAGCAAGGAAAUUACAGAAAACGAUGGAACUAA